GAGUCGCAGAAAUUUCCCGCGAGUUAAGCAAUCAAUUUAGUUCAAAUAAUUUUGCUUCUCAAAAUGUCAUUCAAAAGAUCCACUAAAAGAUACGCUCAUGUUCAUAGUUAUACGUUUGUUUGCUACUCUGAAGAUGGCGAACAAAUAAUCACCAGUGGAUCUCAAGAUGGUGAUAUAAGAAUCUGGAAAGAAAUCAGCGAUGAUGACCCUACAAGUUUUUGCAUAGGUGAAACAGCUACAUGUUGCGCAUAUUAUACUCAUGAAAAACAUCAACGAUUAAUUGCCGCCACCGAUAACAAUUCAGUUCAAUGUUUUUCAUUUCCAUCCGGAGAACGAGAUGGAUUAUUAUUCCGAUUUACAGCACCAGUUACAUCUAUUAAAGUAAAUCAUAAGUGGAUCGCAGCUGGAUCAGAAGAUUUCUCAAUCAAAGCACAAAAACGUGGAACAACUGACGAAUUAAUUGAAUUAAAGGGUCAUUAUGGAACUAUUCUUCAAAUGGAUAUAAGCUCCACAAAUCUUCUUGCUUCAUCUUCUGGUGAUGGUACGAUAAUUAUUUGGAACUUGGAAGAAUCAGGAGCUAUAGUUAAAAAAUUUGAAGGAUUUGAGAUAAUCAAAGAAUUUUCAUCUGCUAAGUUAUUCUCAACACCAUCAUUUGACCCAAAAGGAAGUCUGUUAGCCUUCCCGAAGGAUUUUUUCAUUCAUGUCGUUGACGUUUCAACUUGGGAUAUCAAAUUUAAACUUGAAAACACUUUCAUAACUGAGAAAUAUUCUGUUUGUAACAUUUCAACCUGUGGAUCGUUUUUAGCUGCAGGAUCUGUAACAGGAGAAAUAUCAGUUUGGAAUCUUGUAGAUAGAUCAGCAUUAAAAGGAGAAUAUAGUGGAGAAGACAUUCAUGGCAUUACUUCCAUCGCUUGGAAUCCCAGUAAAAGAGGAGAAUUCGCUUUUUGUGACGCUGAUGGUCAGUUAAGUACAAUCUUAACAGGCGUUUCAAGCAAUCCAAAUGGACUUGAAGAUCACGACUUUCCUGUGAAUGACGACGAAGAUCUUUACGGUGGACUUCAAUUUGAUGGCGGAAGUGAUGAUGAAGAAAAUAUCAAUUGUGUAUCACUUGAAAAGCUUAAAACUCACACAUUAAAGAAUGAAAGCGAUUCAGAAGAUGAUGAUGACGCGAAAACAGUAAGAACUUUAUUGUCAACUGGUACACAUUCGGAACAAAUUGUUAUGCCAAAACCAUUCGAACUUCAACCUUCAUUUCAACCAGGAUCAACUCCAUCUUAUUUGGAACAUCGCUUUAUGGUUUGGAAUCAUGUUGGUCAAGUAAUUGCUCAUUCAUCAGAAGAAAAUUCCAUCAUAACUGAGUUUCAUGAUGUAACAAUUCAUCCAAGUUUGCAUAUUCUCAACACAUUGAAUCAUGAAAUGGCAAGUUUAAGUGAAACAUGUCUACUUUUAGCUACAAAAGAUACUCCAUGUCGUUUAGUUUGUAUUGCAUUUGUGUCAGCUGGAGGUAAGGAAUGGUCAACAACAAUGCCGGAAUGUGAAGAAAUUUAUGGAAUUGCUGCUGGAAGAAAGUUUGUUGCUGUUGCUACUGAUGCAGGAUUCAUUCGAUUAUUUACAACGAUGGGAACUCAACGUGAAGUCAUUUCUGUUCCUGGUCAUACCGUUGCACUUUCUGCUUACGAAAACAAACUCGUUGUUGUUUAUCACUCUUCAAACACACGUAAUAAGUUUUCUUUAAUGAUCGUCACAAUAUUGGAACCAUCAGUUUCUAAUCGAUUUGUUGAAGUGCCUUUAACGACAGAUGCAAAAUUAUCAUGGAUUGGAUUCAGUGACAUGGGCUCAAUUAUUGUUUAUGAUUCAACCAAACGGGUCAUAAGUUAUGAUAUAAAAAAGAAUCUUUGGUUUCCAAUUUGUGAUAUGAAUGAGCAUGUCACCGGUGGUUCAGAUUCAUUUUUCAUUAUCAGUGUGAGUGAGAAGAAUCAAAAAAUUCGAGCAACAUUAUGUCGUGGAUUAAAUUAUCCUUUAACAUCCCCACGUCCAAUAGUUCGUGAAAUUGAUUAUUCCCUUCCUUUGUGUUAUAUGGAAACAGAAAAAAGUAAACUUGAGGAAGGACUCAUCAGAGCUACAACCUUCCAAAUGGAAUUAGCUGAGAAAAUAGUUGUUGAAAAAGGAUUAAAACUCUUCAGUUCUGCUAUAAACUCAGAAUUAGAGUCACGGGCUUAUGAGAUAGUCGAACUUCUUGGAAAUAAAACGCUUAUUGAGCUCGCUUCAAAAUAUGCAAGUCAAAAAGGAAGAAUUCAUAUGGCAAAUAAGAUUACAAAGUUAUUAUUUGAUUACGAAGAAAAAGAGAUGAAAAAAAUUGAACAACUUAAUGAGAUUGAAAAGGAAGUGGAAAGUUUUAAUGAAACUUACGAAAGACAAUCAAAGAUAGCUUCAGAAAUUACUUUGAAAGAUACUUCAACGCCAAUUAUUGCUCCGAAACCAAUGAUAAGUCAAAAGAAGUCAUCGAAUCCUUUUAAGAAAUUUGGAAGUUUAAACAAGAAUUCAUCAGCAAGUUCGUUGACUCAUUUAACAAAGAAAUCGAUUGGUCUAAAUGAUUGUGAAAAAAAUUCUGAUGAUGAAAAUACGCCAUCAAAUAAUGUUUCAAAAAUCAAUCGUUCAACAACUGUAGACACACCACGUCCAGGAAACUUCAUGCAAUGGUACAUCGCUAAUAAAUCUGAUUUAAAAGCAAAUAAUUCCACUGCAUCUGACGUUGAGCUCCUGAAAAUUGGAAAAAAUCUUUACAAAGAGCUGACACAGAAACAAAAAUCUCCGGAAGAGGAAAACAACGACACUAAGAAUCAAACAUUGCAAAUGAACAAACGCAAGUUAAAUUUGAAUGAUAGUGAGGGUGGAAUAUCAAAAUUAGCUAAGUAUGGAUUUAUUCAAGAUUAA